GCAUUCCCAUUUCCUCUCAAAAGCGUCAGAGUGCUCACUUUUUCCCAGGCUUCCCAGUCUGGGACACAAAGUCUUCCUUUUUGUUUCACUCUGCUCCAAAACAGUCACGGCUUUAAAGAAGUUCUGAGAAAUUAAUGAAAAGAAGAACCACCUGAUCAGUGAUCGUUCCAUAAUCUUACUGUAUUGCACCAGAAAAGUAAUAACAGUGAAGAUUUAAAGAAAUGAUGACUAUCCAAUCCUGGGCCCUCUCCAUCCUUCUUUUUUUGCUGGCGCAUUAUUCAAAUCAGCUUGAGGAUAAUAAGAUUCACAGUCUGUGUAUGGGUAGCCCAGGUAUCCCGGGUUCUCCUGGGUUGCAUGGACGGCCAGGACAGCCAGGCAGAGAUGGCAGAGAUGGGCGAGAUGCACCACUUGGGGAGAAAGGGCAAAGGGGUGAUCGUGGAGAGCCUGGGGAGCCAGGGGUGAGGGGUCUGAUCGGUGACAGAGGUGAUCCAGGAGAGAAAGGUGAGAGGGGACCUGCAGGAGAGUGUGCUGUGGCUCCUAAGUCAGCAUUCAGUGCCAAGUUGUCUGACUCCCACACCAUGCCUCUAGCAAUAGGGGAUGCAGUACGCUUUGACAAAAUCAUCUUGAAUGAGCAGGGUGAUUACAGUGCAGAGACUGGACGCUUCACAUGCAGAGUGCCAGGUGUGUACUAUUUUGCCGUCCACGCCACUGUGUACCGCUCCAGCCUACAGUUUGACCUGAUGAAGAACGGACAAGCCAUGGGUUCCUACUUCCAGAUGUUUGGCAACUGGUCCAAGCCAGCCUCACUGUCCGGAGGCACUCUGCUGCACCUGAUUCCCAGUGAUCAGGUGUGGGUGCAGAUGGCUCUGGGUGAGUAUACAGGCUUUUACUCAAGCCCGAAGACAGACAGCACUUUUAUUGGCUUCCUGGUGUACUCUGAUUGGAAAAACUCUGCUGUUUUUGCUUAGAUUUAAUGCACAUCAUGCAUUUAACUUUUACCCAAAAAUGCAUUUAGUCAAAGCAUUACACUACAAAGCACAUUUUUUUUACAGUCGUAUUUAUUCUUUAUAAGCAAUUUAUUAGUGCUGGAAGAUUUACUUCCCAUGACGUAAGACAAACUACUGCCUUUUCAAGGUUGUGAGGGAAUCUGAAACGCCAGUCCGAUGUACGCACUUGCUAACAAAAUUAACCAGAGUUUUAUUCUUAUACAUAAUAUUGCAGCAGUUACAGACAAUAACGAGUGAUGAUCACUGAUCUUUUAAAUGUCUUCAAAUAGACAAUGCACUCAGACACAUUCAGACAUUUUAGAAUUGUUUGUAAAUAAAGUAUUACAUGAAAUUAAAAAAA